AGAAAAGAAAAAAGAAAAAGAAAAAAAGAACUUGUGAAGAGAGGUCCUUCCCUGAAGUGUGUGACCCUGAACAUGAGAAGCUGAAAAAGCAUAAGCAAUCGCCAACGAAGCAAAGGAGAAGAAUAGAAGGAACAGAACAAGUCCUUACCUAAUUUCCAAUACGCACUCAUCAAAAUCGUUUCUUCUUCUCCUCCAACGAUCUUCAUUUCUCUUAUCGGUUUCGUUGCUCGCUGUCAGAAUCUCGCCGGCGCCGCCGUCAUUGCCGCCGGCGAUUGCCAUGGACUUUCUCUGAUUGCCAGAAGAUUCGGUGUCGUCGAGUUUUGGGUUAUUCAUUGCUUGGGUUUGAUCGCCAUGGACAAAUUGCUUUUCAAAGCAGUAUGGGAACUCAGACUAUGUAGAAAUGUUAAAGAACAAAAAUAUUUCUAGAUGGAGAAAUGUUGAUAUUAUAUUGCAAAAAAUUAUUGAGAAAGUAGACGAGCAUUGAGAAGGCAGGUGACAGAAAUGGAGUGCAAUAAAGAUGAGGCCACCAGGGCUAGAGAAAUCGCUGAGAGGAAGUUUGCUGCGAAGGAUACUUCGGGUGCAAAGAAGUUUGCUUUGAAGGCCCAAAAUUUAUUUCCUGCUCUUGAGGGUAUUUCUCAAAUGGUAGCAACUCUUGAUGUGUAUAUUUCUGCAGAGAAUAAAAUAAAUGGAGAAGCAGAUUGGUAUGGAGUACUUGGUGUGAACCCCCUUGCUGAUGAUGAUACUGUCAGGAAACAGUACAGGAAGCUAGCUCUCAUACUUCACCCUGAUAAGAACAAGUCCAUAGGAGCUGAUGGGGCCUUUAAACUCAUUUCAGAGGCAUGGAGUUUACUAUCAGAUAAGGCUAAAAGGGCAGCUUAUGACGAGAAGAGAAAAGCAAAAGCACGGAAAGUUUCUACUAAGUUUGGAGGUUCAACUAAGUUUGGAGGUUCAUCAACACAAACAGGGGUUAAUGGUGGUUACAAUUUUACUAAGACUACCCCUUCAAGUGCAGGUACUCAGAAGAAUGCUGCUAAAGAGCACACUUCAUCUUCUGUCUACAAGUCAAAAUCAAAUACAUUUUGGACUGUUUGCCAUCGAUGCAAAAUGCAGUAUGAGUAUCUCAGAGUUUAUCUUAACCUUAAACUCUUAUGUCCCAAUUGCCAUGAAGCAUUUUUGGCUGUAGAAACUGCCCCUCCACCUGCAAGUGGUAUUAGACCUGCAACUUCAUGGAGUUUUUCACAGAAUCAGCAAAAUUUCAAUCGCCAAGUACCUAGUAAAAGCAAAUCUAGUGCUGGAAAGAAUAACAUGGCAGCUCCAAAUGUUGGAGCAGGGUCUUAUACUAAAACAGACUCCUAUAACAAAGGCAGUUUCCAGUGGGCUCCAUUCUCAAAAACUUCUGGUGUUUCUAAUGUGGCUCAAGCUGCAAGUGUGGUUCAGCAGGCAUACGAUAAGGUGAAGCGAGAUCGUGAGGAGGCACAAGCAGCUAGCAAAAGGGAAGAAGCCUUAAAAAGGAAGCAGCACGUUUCUAAAAAACGUCACUUUAAUCAUGCAAAGAGAAAAAGAGGGGGAGUGGAGGAAACUGUAAAUCGAAUGGGUGUGGGAAAUGGAGCAGUGGGAACAUCAAACUCAUCCAGAUCUAAACAGGGUAAUUUUGUUCAUAAUAGGGUCAGUGGAAUCAAUAAGACCAGCAGCGUAAGAGAGGUCUCCCCGGUGGAACUCCAGAAUCUUCUUAUGGAGAAAGCUAGAAAAGAAAUUAGCAAUAAACUCAGGGAAAUUCCGUCAAAUACUGUUGUUAAAACAGUGGUGAGAGAGAGUGGAAAUGGCUUUCAAAAAGCUAAUGAGAAUGGAGAAAAAUCAAGAAACUCUGAGAUGUGUGUUCAAAUUAACAUUGAGAAGUCAGAAGAUAAAAAGAGCAGAUCCCAAGCCGUUAAGUCUUCUGCAGGUUCUACUACUGCUAAAAUUGGUCGAAAAAUUUUGGAAACAGUGCCUGUAGAUGUCCCAGAUCCUGAUUUCCAUGAUUUUUACAAGGACCGAACUGAAAGGUCUUUUGGGGAAAAUCAAGUAUGGGCUGCAUAUGAUGAUGAUGAUGGGAUGCCUCGAUGUUAUGCAAUGAUUCACAAUGUCAGCUCCUUGAAUCCGUUCAAGAUGCAGAUCAGUUGGCUCAAUCCAAAUACCAACAGUGAACUGGCCCCUCUAAAUUGGGUUGCUUCAGGCUUUUCAAAAACUUGUGGGGACUUCAGUAUAGGCAGACGUGAAAUCUAUGGCUCCACCAAUUUUUUCUCUCACAAGGUUAAGUGGAGAAAAGGUAACGAUGGAACCAUUUGUAUAUAUCCUAGGAAAGGGGAUGUUUGGGCCAUCUAUAGGAAUUGGUCUCCUGACUGGAAUGAGCUAACAGCAGAUGAGGUUAUACACAAGUUCGACGUGGUUGAAGUACUUGAGGACUUUAUUGAAGGACAUGGUAUAAAUGUUAUCCCUUUGGUCAAAGUGGCUGGAUUCAGGACAGUAUUUCACCACCACUUUGAUCCAAAAGAAAUCAAGAUCAUUCCGAGGGAAGAGAUGUUUCGGUUCUCUCACCAAGUACCUUCACAUGUACUUACUGGUCAAGAAGCACCAAAUGCUCCAAAGGGUUGCAGGGUGCUGGAUCCAGCUGCUACUCCAUUUGAACUUCUCCAGGUAAUAGAAGUUGUGAAGGAGGAAGACAUGACAGAUAAUGCGGGUAGUGAUAUAAAAGAAACAAGUGAUAACAUAGAAAAAGCUAAUAGUGAGGAAAUGAUCAGUGGUGUGGAAAAGGUGGGGGAAGAGGAGGUUAAAAACAAAGAUAUGCAGGAAAUAGAAACUUGGAAAGAGGGCAAAGAGAAAGGUGUGCAGGAAAUAGAAACUUUGAAAGAGGACAAAGAGAAAGAAGUUAUGCAGUAGCUUGUAGCAGCUAGGGUAUGUAGCAUGCUAAAGGAAAUCAACUUAUGGACUCUGGCUUGUGUAAGGAAUGGAAAUACUAAAGCCAGAAUUAAUUUGACAAAAUAGGAUCCAGAAUGAGUUGACAUUUUUAUCAAUUAUUGGAUGGAUAAGUUCCAUUCAUUUUGUCAAAUUUUUUCUUGCUAUGUAGUAUUACUGUUAAAAUUGUGGGGGGAUUUCAUUUCAGUCCUAACAUUGCAAUUGCUGUCUUCAGCAGUUGAAGUUGAAUGGUUCAGCUCCUAGUCAUACCAAACAAAGCUGGGUAUUGGAAUGAUUAGGCUGUACCUUCUGCCAAUGUUGUUCCAUAUAACAUUUGUCUGAGCUAGACCCACUUUGUGUAAGGCUCUGGCUUAAUGCCCUUUCCAAUUUACCUUUUAGGGUCUUACUCAAUUUUGUUUUGUAAAUCAGAAUUAGUGGGCAUCUUCAUCAGUCGCUGUCCAUAUAUUUGUAUUGUAAGAUAAUUUUAGCUCCGUUAAAGAUUAAUAACAGUACCUUACAAGUUGAUUCCAGUUUCGUAAAUGUUUGAAUCAGGGUGAAUUUAUUGGAUCUUUCUGA